CUGUAACCCAGACCAGGUACUGAAGAUGUAGACCAAGUUGGCUAACUUAGACGUUUAUGCCGUAUAAACUGAUUCAGCCUUUUUGACAAUUGUGCAGAAUGAGACCAUAUUAGCGAGGGAUUGUGAACGGACAUAUCAUUAUUACCACAUCAGGAAAUACGAGACAGGCAGUAAUUUGCCACAAGGGUAUGAGCUUAACAUAAAAAAAAGUAAUUUUAGAUCACAAAAGUAAUGCCCAUAACUGCUGGGGCUACAAGUUGCUUAAUUAACAAUGCUGAUGAUGAACCCAUCCCAGAGUUCAGGGGGAGGCAUCUCCUUACCGCUUACAACUGAGUAUUCUAUCAAACAACACGCUGCUGAUCUUGUGGCAGGUUGUGCUUCAGGAUUGGACGUAAUAGGCUCAGAUAUUGCUGUCGCAUUGAACGAAUAUAAUACCAGUCCAUACAGCUAUUCAACGGAUGAAGAUAUCGAACAAGAUCACCAAGCUGUCUUAUUAUCAUUAUUUCCACAUGAUAUUUCAAGAACACCUGAUAUGCAAGGUGCCGAUUUAGGGAUGGCAUCACAGAGUGAUUUGCUCAAAGAUAAAAAGGCAGCAGAUACAAACUGGAUAAGCAAUACAGAUGUGUCAUGUUCGAAUAUAGUUCCAUCCAGUUCUCAAAAUUUCCUAAGUGGGUCAGUGACGGCACAAAUGGCCUCAGAAGGAGAUGGAAAUAUUUCGCAAUGGACUUUUUUCGAGGAUUCUUUGACAGGUUUGAAGUCAUCGAGGGAUUCUCCAUCAUUAAAAGCGACUUCAUCAUACAGUGCAACUCGGUCUAUAUGUUAUGACCCAUAUAAAACAUCAAGGGCUUCACAGCUUUCAUCCAUCAGUCAUACUAUUGCAUCCCAUUCAUCACCAUACAGUUGUAGUUCAUCACAACACAGUGAUAUUAUUCCGUGCCAAAAAGACUUACAGAUGGAGCCAUUAGAUUUGCAGCAGAAGUCUAAUGUUGUUAACGAGUCAACACAGGAGAUUCAUAGUAAAACUGCAGUCUCACCAAUGAUAUCCCAGAUUGAGAACAUGCCUCUACAAACCGAUUUGAAUAUUUCCCAGUUUUCACCCUUGAUGUCACAGGAUGACAUUGAAAUUCAGGCUCAAGCUGAUCCACAUAAGCAAUUCCUUGAAUCACAAGACUCUGCUCAAAUUGUUGAUCCAUAUUUUAAAUCUGUGAUACCAUUCAAUAAGCCAGUCGAAUCCCCAUCUAGUAGUGAUCACAUGGUCUCGCAGAAUGAUCCCUCGUUGACAUCAUAUGCACCUCACAAUGUUCCACGACAGAGUCCUAACCUAUCAACUGUAAAAGUGGAAAGUACCAACAGCCAAGACUCUAGUUCUUUAAACUCAAAUUGUGCCUUUGGUGGAACACUCAGUGAUACUCAAAUAAUUGAGAUGGUCGCAAGGGAUGCUGUUACAACACAAGAUAUCUCAACCACAAACACCAAGCUAACGCCUGACCAAAAGUUGCCGACAUUAGACCCUAUGUUACCACCAUGUAGGGUGUGCGGAGAAAAGGCAUCGGGUUUCCAUUAUGGAGUAAAUACAUGUGAGGCAUGUAAGGGCUUCUUUCGACGGAGCCUUCAACGUCAAGAGAGUUAUAAAUGCUCGGAUAAAGGAGAGUGUUCAAUAGAGCCUGGGAAGCGUAAUGCUUGUGCCUACUGUCGUUAUCAUAAGUGCAUUUCUGUUGGAAUGUCAAAAACAGCAAUCAAGACAGGACGUUAUACACAUGAGAAAAAGGCACAGGAUAUUCAGGAAGUUAAGAGACUUAAACGGAAAGGCGCUUCGCGAGAACACAAUAUUCAAACAAGUCGGAAAUUGCUCAAAUACCAGAAAAUAGUACAUGACCUACUGACAAUCUCCAAUGAAACUCGACAGGCUUUAUCCAUAGAUGGAGGGGAUCCUUUCGCAAACUUCAAGGAAAAACAGAAAAUAUAUGUGGAGGCAUUUAUGGAGCAAACAAAAAAACAUGGUGAUCCGCUUUCAAAACAGGAAUAUCACGCUUACUACAGGCAAACAGGGGUUGAUAUAGAUGGCCGAAGGAAUUUAGUUGAAGUGCUCUUCCAGAAAAUGGAAAACCCAAUUAAACGUUUAAUUAAGUUUGCAAAAGCUGUUCCUGGAUUUGCAACCCUCCACAUAGAUGACCAGGCAAUGCUGAUUAAAGUAGUCAGAUUUGAAGUUUGGUUUCUGACACUCUUCAAACUGAUGUCUCCAGAACUGAACUGCCUAACCUCUCUACAUGGGAGAAUCCUACACGUCGAAGAGAUUGCCAAGGUUUGGGACAGAGAAUUUGUAGAGGAAAUGCUCCUCCUAGGGGGAAAGUUUCAAAAGAUGAAGCUUGAACAAGAUGAGGUUGCAGUUUUGAAAGCCAUUUGCAUUAUGUAUUCAGAUCGAUGUGAACUGACUGAUUAUGCAGCUGCAGAGGUGGCUUUCUACGAACUAGUUGAACUUGAACAGUUUCUGUUCCAGAAAAACCACCCAGAAGAGAAACAAUUCUUUGCCAAAAUAGUCGGGCUACUAACAGAACUUCGAAAACUGGCACAUCUAAAUUAUAAAUGUGUCGAGAGUAUAAAAACAGAUUAUGCAGAUGUGAAUUUUCCACCGAUAUUUUACGAGGUUUUCAACAUGUGAUUGAGCUUGUGAUGCCAAUGUAUCGUGAAUGUGAAAUUUGAAUAAUGCUCAACUGGCUAGAUGAGAAGAUACAUAUACAUUUACAUUCAAAUGCUAAAAUGAAUGAAAAUUAUUACUGCUCCACCUAUUUCGAUAUGACAAUUAGACACGUUCCCAUAAAGAGACGAUGGAAUAUGGGAUCUCACAAUGUGUUUACAUCAUGGUUUUAGAAAGGAGGAAAUAUCUAUUUGGUUUGCGAACUGUAUGAUUAAUGUGAUGAUUGAUUGAUGUAAACUAAAAGGAAAUCAAUUUGGCCAUCGAAUCAUCAGGAUGUAAAGAGGAUCUUUCGGGGACUCUUAAAUGUAUUGUACCUUAUGCAAUAUUGUGGAAGGAAAUUUUAGUCUGGGGGGGCUUAUACCUUAUGCUUUGUAGGGCCUUAUAGCUAAUACAUUAUUUCAUAGACCCCGUCCCCCUUAUAAAGUAAAUAUGAAUGUAGUUUAAGCUUCAUCAUAUAUAUCAUAUAUUAUGUAACCGCAAUAUCUUUUUCAAGGGAAGUUACUGUAAUUGUUUUGUGAACAAUUAGAUUUAGCAUGGUGACAUAUUAUUAAAAUUACCUUUUUUUAACCAGUGUGCAAUGUCUGACAGCCUGUGGCAUUGUCUAGAAAUUGGAUACAGCUUGAUGAUAGAUUUUGUUGAGUAAUUUUUGAUUCUUUUUCCUGUAUUUAUUUCAAACUCCAUCUCCAUUAUACUAAAAUAUCAUGGUUGUUAUACUAAAUUGUCACAAUGGUCAUACUAAAAUGUCAUGGUGGUC